ACAAAUUGAGGUCUAAGAAAUUCAGAAUCUCGUCUGACAGGCACAAAUUCGGGUCUAAGAAAUCCUGUCAUGCCAGCAUUUCAGAGCCUUCUCUCUUGCACCCUCAUCCAUCUUUCCCAAAACCUUCCCAGCGGCUCUAUCGCUUGCUCCUCCGCUUGUUGCUGCGUAUGCUGUUCGAAAUUGGUAACCUGAAAUGUUCUUGUCACCACCUUGAUACCCGCACGCAACCUUUAGCGGCCAUCUGGCGCGCUGCUCCAUGCUCCUUGCCUGGUCCACCGGCCACGUUCAUUGCUCCGUGCAUCCGGCAACAAAGUCGGCAUCACCACGUGCUCAUAUACCGCAUCCUUCGCGUCCCUUCUUCCAGUACUCGCUGCCAGUCACCCCAUCGCUCCUGAGGUUCAGAGGCCUGAGAAGCUCCGUGCAUCUGACAACGAAUUCGGAAUCACCACGUGCUCGCCGACCGCAUCCUUCGCGUCCCUUGGUUUCCCACUCACUGCGCUUUCCAUCGCUCCUGAGAACCGGAAGCCUGAGAAGCUGCACGAAAGGACAUCCGACGGUGAUUUCGGCGCAAGUUGCGGGGGAAAGCGCGAGCAGUGGCGGAAAUAGCGCGAGUAGUUGCGGAGAUCACUGUAUUAAAUCCGCGGAUUCGAGCGGAAUGGGGAGCAGCGUGGCGGAGGUGUUGCGCGGGCGGUGGUGGGAGGACCAAGCGAUGUUCGGAUACAAGCGAGAGAGAGCGCACGUGCCGCUGCACUCACAUGCCAGUGUCGACGACGCCCUUCGGUUCUGGUACCAAAGGGACAGGGCAGCCACGUUCGAAGCAGCGGAUGCUGCCACCUGGGCGCCGGGAGCAGGCGCUGAUGUGGCAGCUGUACGGAGUGCCAGGUGGUGGGUCCACGGGCUGCCACGUGUUGCCUCUCUGAGCGGCUCCUGGCGGUUCCGGCUAUUCCCAAGGCCUGAGGAAGUUCCCGAGGGUUUUUUUUCUCCUGGAUUUAAUGACUCUGAGUGGUCAACGCAUUCAGUGCCAUCCCAUUGGCAGCUGCAGCUGCAGCAGCAGAAGCAGCACAAACAGCAGCAGCACCAAGCAGCAGAAACCAAAGCAGGAGCAGCAGCAGCAGGCGCGUCAGAGGAGGAGGAGGUGGAGGACCCGCCCAUCUACACCAACAUCCAGUACCCCUUCCCCAUCCAGCCGCCCUUCGUGCCCACCGACAACCCCACCGCCUGCUACCGCCGCCGCUUCUCCCUCCCUGCCUCCUGGUCAGGCCAGCACAUCACGCUGUGCUUCGAGGGCGUUGACUCGGCCAUCCACGUGUGGCUCAACGGCAACUACGUGGGCUACAGCCAGGACAGCCGGCUCCCUGCAGAGUUCAACGUCACUCCCUUUUGUGUCACACGCGGGAAGGAGAGGGAGGAGAAGAACCGUGUUACUGGGGAAGAGCCAGGGGAUGGGGAGAGGGCUGAGGGGGAAGGGGAAGGGGAGGGGGAAGGGGAGAAUGUGCUGGCGGUGAUGAUAGUGCGAUGGAGCGACGGGUCUUACCUGGAGGACCAGGACCACUGGUGGCUGUCAGGCAUGCACAGGGACGUCACGCUGCUGUGCCGGCCACAGGUGCACAUUGCGGACUUGGAGGUCAAGACUGAUGUGGCAGACGACAUGCAGUCAGCCAUAGUGAAGCUGGAGGUGCUCUUGGAGGGCUGGCCCCGUUGCGACAUCCAAUCGCUGCUCGACAGCUGUCACGUCGAGGCCUAUCUGUUCGACGCGUGGCGCUCCCCACCGCCGCCACCUCAGCACCCUCCCUCGCCCUCCUCCUCCUCGUCCUCCGUCCCAAUGUCCCCCACGUCCCGCUCCCCUAAAGACCCCGAGAGGGACGACCUAGAAGCUCUGAAAAUCCCAGCAGUAGCGGCUUUUCAGCCUGUGGGGUUGGGGGCGGGUGAGGGGAGAGGGGGGAGAGGGGAGUGGAGGAAGGGAGGAUGACAAGGUGGUGGUGAUUGGGAACACGAUGCGAGUGAGGAUGGAGGCGAAGGUGGAUAAGGACAAGCUUCUGUUGUGGUCUCCUGAUCAGGUGAGAGAG